AUAUGCAAGCUCCAGUCACCUAAUGGCACCGUCACGUCGCUUGUUGACCAGAAAGAUGUCCGCAUAAGUUAUGACAGCACCAGUGUAACUCUUACAUACAUUGGAAAGGAUGCUCUUGUCCAGGCGAUUGUUGAUUACCUGUGUGUGGAAAAUCAAGUUCCCCCAAUUUUCACGGCAUAUGGUCUUACUAAAAGUAGUCCUCCCGUUUAUCAAUUUAAAGUUGAAUCUGCAUGUGCGUGUAAAAACUCGUGUAUCAAAUCAACACUACCAUCAUCAUCAUCGUCUAUCGGUGGAGGGACUGUUGUUAUUAUUGUUUUUUUCUCGCUAGUGUUUCUGUACCUGACUGUGGGUAGUCUCUAUGGGAAAGUGGUCAAGAAAGCCAACGGUUUGGAGGUAUUACCUAAUUAUGAAUUCUGGGUGGGCCUACCUAACACUCUGAAGACAGGAAGUCUGUGCAUUGUUAGAUGCGUGUGCUGCACGCCGGACAGGAAGAAAUACGACGAAGUUUAA